AUGAGCCAGUUAUACGGGCACCCCGAAAAGCACUGCCGAUCAGCUGAGGUCACGUGCAGGCGAUGCGGGGAAGUAGGCCACCAUGCGUCAGAUUGCUCCUUCACCACGCCAAGCCAGACGCACCGAACCACAGCACCGUAUCGAGGAAAUGCCCAGCACGACUGCACGCGGAUGGACGGUACGUGGCUGCUACCCGCUACAUUCUCACCUGAGUCACUACUCAUCGGCCAGAUCAAUCUUGGGGGAGGAGAAUUGGCCACCAUGGAGCUGCCAGCAAUCUCGAGUGAGCUGGGGCUCGACAUUGUCCUCAUCCAGGAACAAUACUCGACGUCCCGGCUCAUCCUACAGCAUGGCUCCCUGUCUCAGGCGGGAAUUUACACACAUCGGCGGGACAUCGCGGUCUCCGUUCUCCCAGAGUGGUGCAAUGACUAUUUUUACACUGCGCACGUCGCGGACCUGGACCUAAUCCUCGUUUCCGCCUACUUCAAAUACUCGGACCCCAUCGACCCGCACGCAGAACACCUGACCAGGCUACUCAGCCAUUUCAAUGGUCAGCGCAUCAUAGUCUGUGCAGAUUGUAAUGCCCACUCGCCGAAGUGGCACUGCUCCGUGCAGCUAUGCAGAGGCCGGAGAAUAACUGCGGACCGACGACAGUCAACGGUAGAAGACCUCAUCACAGCAUACUCUCUUCAGGUUGCUAACGCUGAGGGCCAACCGGUCACCUUUUGCACCGUCAACGGAGAGUCCAACGUGGACGUCACCCUGUACUCGAGGAGCUGCCAUGUCGACGAGUGGCGCGUGCACAUAGGGGCCAGUACCAGCGACCAUCGCCUCAUCACCUUCAAGGUGAGCCAGCCCACCAACCGACGCGCAAGGAAAGAGUGCAGCGAGCGGUCCAAGUUGCCGCCGGGCUUUCGGGACCGGGGUGUCGAUUGGGGCCGCUUCAGGACAAUGAUACACCUCAGAAUGGGAUACCUGGAUAUGAGCACAUCUGCUGCCGAGGCUAGCGAGAGGUUCACCGACAUAGUCGUAUACUCCGCGCGGGCUACCCUCGGCGUCAGAAGACGUAAGAAAGAGGUUGGUUACGAAUGGUGGACGCCUGAGCUCGACCGUCUACGACGGCGGUGCGGUUCCUCGCGUCGAGCAUGGCAGCGCACUAGCCGGGCGGGCAGUCCAGCAGAGGAAUAUGCUGGCGAAGUGAUCGCAGAAUCCGGUAAUGUGGACUCCUGGGGCCUCGCCUACCGGGUGUCCAGCGGGAGGAGUCGUCCUCCUGAGAAUGUCGUCACAGGCAUCAGGUUCGCGAAGGAGUUUACGGAAACCGUUGAUGAAGCCAUGCACACCCUUGCUUAA